AUGCUCCCGACGGCUGCGGCCACCGCUCUGUUGGCAUCGUGCCUGUCCCCCUGCGUGGCGGCAAGCACCUGCAGCGAUGCGGCCUUAGCUGCUCCGGCCGCGGCCAUAGCUCAAGGAACCGUUGAGGGAUUUCGCGACGCGAGCUGCAACUCGGUUUUCCUGGGCGUUCCCUAUGCCGCCACGACCGGCGGCGAGAACCGGUGGCGGGCGCCUCAAGACGUCCCAAGGUCGGACGCAACGUUCAACGCGACUUCCUACGGCCCGACGUGUCCCCAGGCCAUCUCUGGCGGUCUCUUCAGCCAGCAGGACGAGGACUGCCUGAACCUGAACAUCUGGGCGCCCUCGACCGGAGAGGACCUGCCCGUGUUCGUCUACAUGUACGGCGGCGCAAUGGUCACAGGGUCCAGCAGCAACCCCCAGCUUCAAGGCUCCAACUUCGCUCGCAAGGGGGUCGUCUACGUCAACUUCAACACGCGCGAGAGCAUCUUCGCGUCUCCGAACUCGGCAGAGCUGAAGGGGGCGCGUCCCGACGAGUCGCAGAACUUUAGCAUCCUGGAUGUCGAAAAGGCCCUCGGCUGGGUCCGCGACAACAUCCGGGCUUUCGGAGGCAACCCGGACCACGUCGUGUUUGGCGGCCACUCGUCCGGCGCCGUGCAGGUGGACCACUAUCUUUGGAACCACCCCGACUCCUGGCUGAAGGGCGCGGUGGAGAUGAGCGCAAACGCCGUGUCCGGCCCGGCUUUUGCGCCCGUCAACGAAGCCCUCGAUGUCGUCGCCGCCGAAGUGGGAUGCCCGAAGGCCGGCGAGGGCCAGCUGGAUUGCCUCCGGGGCGUUGACGUGUACGCGCUGCAGACGGCCAACUUCAACUCCACCUCCAACACUUGGUUCACUCCCGCCAUCGACAACAUCACACGACACUCGGACUAUGCCGCACGCCUUGCAGCGGGACAGUACGCGUCGCACGUGCCGUUGCUGACCGGCAACUCGGACGGCGAAGGCACCAUCUUCAGUCUCGUCUACGGUGCCGAGAACAGCAACUUCAGCUCGUGGAUCAACACCUUCGACGCUGAUAGCGCGCACAUUGAGGAUGCCGUUCUCCUCGAGGCGUACAAUGCGUCCGACUACGCGUCAGAUUCGCUCCGAAGCGGCGAUCAGUAUGGAGACGCUCGAUUCAAUUGCGCCGUCGACUACCUCCUCGACUUGCGUAGCUCUGUGCAGGACACCUGGGUGUACCGCUUCUUCGGGGCAUACGACAACGUGGUGGGAGUUCCCGGCACGGCGCCAACGCAUGGCACCGAAGUCCCGUUUUUCCACGGCGGCAACGAAUGCUUCGCCUCGCUGGCCGGCGUUACGGAGGCGCAACAAGCCCUGGCCGACUCCAUACACGACCACUUCGUCUCCUGGAUCAAGGACCCGGCUGCUGGGCCUGGAUGGGCGAGUCAUUCGCCAGAGUCCGGGGCUCUGGCCAAACUGGGGGUUCCCGGAGACGAGCUGUCUGCGGUCCUGGGGUCGACCCGGGAAUAUAAUUCUCGCUGCCAGUCGGUAUAUAAGCCUGCAUUUCCUAAGUACCCAGUUGUUCAAUCGGUGGCAGGCAUACUGUAA